AUGUCAAUCCCUGAGCCUACAUAUGCACGAACGUCCAUUAGCUUGAUGGGGAGACGUCAGAUGGUGCCUUGGCAUAGCGCUGACAAUAUUCCGCUCGCGCUGGGUCAAGUACACCGCGCAAUUUGCCCUUAUGAUGCAAAACUGGCCAGCCAAUGGCAGAACUCCGACGUUGACACAAAUGACAGCCAGCCAGAGGAUACAUCAUAG